CAUGCUGAAAACUGUCCCCAACUACUGCCACUUAUCCCGGACUCAGAGAUUCCGUGUUGAAGGCUGUGACAACGCAGACCUGAGGAGCAACGUCCCAGAAUGUAUCACUGGAAAGAUAGCCUAUGCGGUGGACAUGGAGAGGCAGCAGAUGUCUGUGAGCGUUUCAGACAUGCUGGAGGACACAGACUAUCACCUGAGACUGUGUCACAAAUGGAGCAUUUGCAGCGGGAAUGAAGCCUACACACUGAUCAAACGCGAGAACCCCUUCAAGAACACAACAUUUCACUUCCCUAGACCACUACCCUGCCUGUGCAUCGAGGGUUGGUCUUCCAUGGUUGAUGCUCCCAGAGUUCAAGUCUGUCCAUUCAGAAACCGCACCGAAGAACUGUGGUCUGGGGUGACCUUUGACCCUGAGGAGGAGGCGUUGUCAUGGGAACCGGCGUGUCCUGUCGAAGCAGUGAUCACGCUAUGCCAGAGAGCGGGAGACAACAUCUGUGCAGAUCUGGUCAACUCCACUCAGACUGUGGGCAGGACAAAGGUGAUGUACGCUAAAGUGGAUCCACACCCAGCACUCUGCGUGAAGGUAAAUAUAUGCCUGCUGAGAUAAGAUCACCUCAUUA